CAGGUCACCCUUGGCCUUUCGACCUCGCCCUUCCUGUCUGUGAAAUGGACUUUGGGUCAAUCCAAAUGGGAACAUACCCGUCUACGUCCUGCCCCUACGGGACUACAAGUCCCAAGGUGCUCGAGGCGACCCCGGCUCCCCCUCCCCUCCGGGACCCGCCUCCCUCCGGUACGAGUCACGUCGUCUAACCUGUUCCCGGCGCCUGCCCCGCCCCGUCCUCCGCUCCCCGCAGCCGGAGCCGGAGCCGGAGGAGGACCCCCGGUGCCAAGAUCUGCUCCGGAUCCGCGCCCCGCUGCGGCCAGCCGGCACCAUGGACAGCGAGGCGUUCCAGAGCUCGCAGAACCUUCUGGACCUGAACUUACAGUCUCUAGCCAUGAAGCACAUGGACCUGAAGCAGGUGGAGCUGGACACGGCGGCGGCCAAGGUGGACGAACUGACCAAGCAGUUGGAGUCGCUGUGGUCAGACUCGCCGGCGGCGCCUCUUGGCUCGCAGGCCAGAGCGCCGGCUAGGCUGUCCCGGUACAGCCUCAGCCCUGUCCCCGAGCCCUUGGGCAGCCGCGGGUCCCCCUGGAAGGCAACCACCGACGACGCAGACACCUCGUUCAGACGCUCCGAGAGCGCCCCGGCUCAGCUCCCCUACAGCUCGCUGUCCCCUAAGGGCCGGCCGUCGUCACCGCGCACCCAGCUCUACCUGCAGCCGGAUGCCUACGGCAGCCCGGACCGCGCGCCCUCGCCCCGGCCCCGCGCCUUCGAUGGAGCAGGCAGCCCCCUCGGCCGUGCGCCUUCCCCUCGCCCCGGCCCGCUCCGACAGCAGGGUCCCCCCACGCCCUUUGACUUCUUGGGCCGUGUCCGCUCUCCCCGUGUCAGCCCCCUGGCCGAAGGGCCCCAGGCCUUCUUUCCCGAGCGCGGGCCCUCGCCUCGAGCCCCGACCGCAGCCUACGAUGCGCCGACUGCCUUUGGGAGCCCCCUGCUGGGCCCUGGCGUCAGCGCCUUCGCCCCACCUCUGCGCGCGCAAGAAGACCUAACGCUUCGGCGGCGGUCCCCCAAAGCCUGGAACGAGUCUGACCUGGACGUGGCGUACGAGAAGAAGUCCUCGCAGACAGCGAGCUAUGAACGACCCGAUGUCUUCGCGCGGCCUGCUUCACCAGGCCUGCAGCUGUUACCCUGGAGAGAGAGCAGCCUGGAUGGGCUGGGGGCCACCAGGAAGGACAACUUAACCAGCGCCACUCUGCCCCGCAAUUACAAGGUCUUCCCUCUGGCCAACGACAGGCGUUCUGAUGUGGACAGCUACCGCCGAUCGCUGGGCUCCGCGGGGUCAUCAGGCACUUUGCCCCGAAGCUGGCAGCCUGUCAGCCGCAUCCCCAUGCCUCCUUCCAGCCCCCAGCCCCGAAGUGCCCCCCGCCAGCGCCCCAUCCCCCUCAGCAUGAUAUUCAAGCUGCAGAAUGCCUUUUGGGAGCACGGAGCCAGCAGGGCCAUGCUCCCUGGCUCCCCUAUCUUCUCUCGAGCUCCCCCGCCUAAGCUGCUUCUCCAGCCCCAGCUGCCUCCACAGUCCCAGCCACAACUACAGCUUCAAGCCCUUGCCCCAGUCCCCCAACCCCCUCAAGAGACUUGGUCCCCUGUGAGUGAAGGCCUCCCCAAACCUCCCACUGAGCUGGAGCCUGAGCUGGAGCUGGAGGGGCUGCUGACAUCAGGGCUGGAGGCUGGUGAUGCAGAUGAAGACGCUGUAACUCGGCCCCUUAGUCCCACACGGCUGCAGCCAGCGCUGCCACCCGAGGCACAGUCAGUGCCCGAGCUGGAGGAGGUGGCACGGGUGCUGGCAGAAAUUCCACGGCCCCUCAAACGCAGGGGCUCCAUGGAGCAGAGCCCUAUUGUAGCCCUGCCCCCCACCCACAAGAAGCAGUACCAGCAGAUCAUCAACCGCCUCUUCCAUCGUCACAGUGGGCCUGGGGGGCCUGAGCCUGAGCUGUGUCCCAUCGCUGAGGGACCUGAGGCCAGGGCAGGGCCCCCUGCUCCAGCCCCACCAGCUCCCAUACCACCCCUAGCCCUUCUCCAGAGCAGCCCACCAGAGCAGCCACAGAGCAUGGAGAUGCGCUCUGUGCUGCGGAAGGCCGGCUCCCCGCGCAAGGUCCGUCGCGCGCGCCUCAGCCCGCUCGUGCUGCUGCUGGACGCCGCGCUGACCGGGGAGCUAGACGUGGUGCAGCAGGCGGUGAAGGAGAUGAACGACCCGAGCCAGCCCAACGAGGAGGGCAUCACCGCCCUGCAUAACGCCAUCUGCGGCGCCAACUACCCCAUCGUGGACUUCCUCAUCGCGGCGGGUGCCAACGUCAACUCCCCCGACAGCCAUGGCUGGACACCGUUGCACUGCGCGGCGUCGUGCAACGACACGGCCAUCUGCAUGGCGCUGGUGCAGCACGGUGCGGCAAUCUUCGCCACCACGCUCAGUGACGGCGCCACCGCCAUCGAGAAGUGCGACCCCUACCGCGAGGGUUACACCGACUGUGCCACUUACCUGGCAGCUUCUAGAGCUGCAUUCUUGACAUUCCUCGGCUCUGCCCUCUUCCUCCAACUUCAAAGCCCACAGCAUGGCAUCCGGCUUCAGUGUAGCAGUGCCUCUGUUUCUGUCCUGCUGUCAAAUCUCCCUCUUAUGAGGACACGUGAUUACAUUUAGGACGCACCUGGAUAUCUCUCAAGAUCCUUAACCAUCACACCUGCAAAUUCCCUCUUGCCAUAUGCGGAAGGAAAAUAAAAAUGGAGUCAGUAUCGCUAAGAGAACUCUCUAAAGUGGAGCUGAGAGGCCAUCGACGAAGUGUGACUUACGCACAUCCCAGCCUGGAUGGAAUCUGACCUUUUGAUCACUUACUGUCUUAACAUAGGCAUCAAGAACAUCUGCCAAGGGACUUCCCUGGUGGCACAGUGGUUAAGAAUCCGCCUGCCAACGCAGGGGACACGGGUUCGAGCCCUGGUCCGGGAAGAUCAAGCAACUAAGCCCGUGUGCCACAACUACUGAGCCUGCGCUCUAGAGCCCGCAAGCCACAACUACUGAAGCCUGCACGCCUAGAGCCCGUGCUCCGCAACACGAGACGCCACCGCAAUGGGAAGCUCGUGCACCUGCUCGCUGCAACUAGAGAAAGCCUGCAUGCGGCAACGGAGACCUAACGCAGCCAAAAAUAAAUAAAUAAAUAAAUAAAUUUAUAAAAUUAAAAAAAAAAAGAACAUCUGCCAAAAAUGCAAGAUACUUAUCGGACCCUAACCCUAAAAUAACUCAUGACAGCCUAUCUACUUGUGGGACCCUUACCCUAAAAUAACUCUUGAUUCCUUAAGGACAAGUAUUCCCUGGCUUGUGUCAGAGCCAAUCACGAUUCUCACCAAACAACUUUAACAACCUUGUGGCUUUUGUUUUAUAAGCCCCUGAUGCUUUCUCUUCCUCAGAACACUCCUUCAGUUUUACCCAAAUCUGUGUCUCCUGAAUUGCAAUUCUUUUUUUUUCUUUUUUAAUUUUUAUCAGAGUAUAGUUGAUUUACAAU